AUGUCUACAAAGAAGAGGAAGUUAAGUGAAGAAAAACGUUCAUUCAAUGAGAAAUGGGAGUUAGACUACUUUAUUUCCAACAAUAACAAUAAAAUUCAGUGUUUGAUUUGUAUGCAAGUUUUAUCUGUAAGUAAAGAAUAUAAUGUUAAGCGACACUAUACUUCUUUACAUGAAGAAAAGUAUAAAAAACAUGUCGGUGAAGCAAGAAAAGUUAUGGUGGCUGAGUACAAAAAAAAACUAAUACAGCAAACAACUAUGUUUUCAAAAGUAAGUACUGAAAAUGAACAAAGCUUGGCUGCUUCAUAUGAAGUUUCAUUACAAUUAGCCAGAGCUAAAAAACCAUUUAGUGAUGGAGCUUUAAUAAAAAAAUGCGCAGUUGAAAUGGCUAAACGCUUUAUGCAGCCGAAAUUAGCGGAAAAGUUUGAAUCUGUUGCAUUAUCUCACCAAACGGUGGCGCGACGAAUAGAGGACAUGGGUAAUUAUAUUACGAAAAGUUUAUGUGAUUACUUUGUAGAUUGCGAAUAUUAUUCAAUAUGUUUGGAUGAAAGUACCCAACAGACCGAUGUCAGUCAAUUAAUAAUCUUCAUACGUUGCAUUUCCAAAGAUUUUACAAUCACGGAAGAAAUGCUGGAUUUAAUACCAUUUCAUGGAACAACUAAAGGCAGUGAUAUAUUUGAAGCAGUUAACAAAACUAUUGUAGAAUAUGGAGGAUUUCGUAAGUGUUCUUGUAUUGUGACCGACGGGGCAAAAGCUAUGACCGGAAAAGUGACAGGAUUUGCGGGACUUCUAAUACAAAAUGGCAUUGAUUGCCCGUUGUUCCAUUGUAUCAUACACCAAGAAGCCUUGUGUGGAAAAUCGUUGCGUCAAAUGAAUGCUAUGAAAGUUGUUAUAAGGAUAACCAAUUUGAUUAGAGGUGGAAACAGAUCAUUGACACAUAGAAAAUUUAGAGACUUCUUAUGUGAAAUCGAUGCAAACUAUGGAGAUUUACUAUUGCAUUCAGAAAUCAGAUGGCUAAGUGCUGGCCAGUGCUUGCAACGCUUUUUUGCCUUACGAAAAGAAAUACCUUUAUUUCUAAAAAAUGAGAUAUCGUCUGACACUUCUGAACUACAAGAUAAAAUGCGAGAUCCUCAGUUUCUGGCUGAUCUUGCGUUUUUAACUGAUAUGACGCAACAUUUGAAUGAGUUAAAUUUAAAAUUGCAAGGUAAAAACCACAAUAUAGCCAACCUGUAUGGAAAUGUGAAUGGAUUCAGAAAUAAACUUAAAUUGUUCAAGACGUCUCUACAACAAGAUGAUUUUUCUUUUUUUCCAAGUUGUAAAGAACAUUAUUUAGAGAUGAAAAAUUUUGAAGAAUGUAAUUUCUUGGACCACCUCAAAUACUUUGACGAAAUAAUCGUAGAAAUUUGA